AUGCAAUUCCCCACAUUAAUCGUCCUGUGCUUCUCAUAUUUCAUCUUGCAACUGACACAUGGCACGCAAGGAAUGGAUUUGACCUGGAUAGACUCCGCUCGCGAUUUGGCUGGCAGCUCCUCGUUAUCCAACACAGUCGACGCAUCGUUCAAUCUUAGAUAUUGGAUCUCCCCACCAGAAACUCCAACAGUCUAUGAUCAACUUGUAACUUUCCUGUUUCGUUGUGUAAAUUUUGAAGGACCUCGUCGAAAAUUAAGAACCAGAAAGGAACCAGAGAAUGCAGGUCUGCAGACGCGUGAGCACUCUAAUCCAUUGCUUCAAAUGUGCACAUGCAGUAUCAUUGAUUACUACGAAAACGUCGCCAUUGACUGGGCAACUUUGGACAUAAACGACCCACGCCGUCUUUUCAAUCGACAUGUGCUGAAGAAGCCAGUUGACCCUGAAUAUGCAGCUUACUUAGUACAAUUUGGUUUCAUGAGUGUUCUGCACAAUCAUGUGGCCACGGAUGAAGGAGUCAAGGAAUGGCUUAAAAUACUUGCUUACACUUUACGCCAAGUUAAGGACGCGGGCUCAUCCGUGCUACCACACCUGGCCAUAUCUGCCUCGUAUGGCCUCUUCAGCCUCAAUUUGAGGUAUAGAAAUCUUGGAGGCCGUCUCCUUGAUAUCAGUGCAGUGCUUGACAUUGUUAAACAUUAUCACCAAGGCAUAGCUGUCCUAGGAGCGGAUUUUAUAAGAUGGGAACACGAAUUAUAUUGGCCGGGCAGAUUUGGACCACAUAUAGAAAUUCGAGACAACUUUAUGCAAAUCAUCAAUCUUGAUGAAGACCUCAAAAAUGCAAUGUCCUCGUCCAGGCAGAAGGACGGUUGGCAUUACUUAAAGAAACUCUGUGGAGAAUUCAACUCUUCUUCGGCUUAUAGGAGACUGGUGACCCUGGGUAUCUUCUAUCAUAAGUUCAAGAAGCAUGAGAAUUCCAAAACGUUCAUGGGACUUUUUCAAACCAUUUCUGGAGCUGUUCUACGUCAUGAAGAAGGUCUUCUCGGACUUAUUGAAAAUCAAAGUCGAAAUACUGGAACCACUCGUGUCCUCCCUUCCAAAUCAUGA